AUGCGAAACACAACGACCGCCCUGAGCACCCACUUGAAAAGGUGCUUCUUGCAGACGCGAACUAGGAGACCGAUUGUCUUAUUGCAGAAGUGUUUUGAUGAAGCAAGGCACGGCUUCGCCCGGACCUUCUGCGACCUGCACUGCAUCCGCGAAGCUGUGAGAAAGGGUGAUGAGGCCAUCCUAAGAGCGGUGGAAGAAGCCGUGGAAGUCAUCGGCAAGAAUACGCAGAUCCUCCUUGAGCACUACGUUGGGGGCGAGUCAGGAUCACUGGUCCAGGAGGGCACUGAGAUCCGCCGCGGCCUGGCAGCUCAGCUCGCAGAGCUCAUGGCCACGGCCCAGGAGGCCGCUGAGCGCGCCGUGCGGAGCUUCGCCGGGCGCUGGCGAAGCGUCGAAGGUGGCAAUGCUUCGGAGAGUUUGGCCUCGCUGCGCGCCAUGGCCAAGGAUACCUCGGAGCUCCACGCGACGGUAAUGCUGGUGAAAGGCCAGAGGUUUUCCAAAGUUGAGGAGGUGCAGCGGAACGCCCUGGAAACGGCGCAAGUUCAUGAGCUUGGCCUUUACCGCCACACUGCCAGACGGGGCAAGAUGGUGCAACGCUGGUUCAAGCAGCACUGGCAGAACAAGUUCUCAAUGCUCGAUGAGUUUCAGGACUUGAGUGUUGCCCAAGCUAUGCAGACCUUUGACACCUCUUGGUGGGAGAUCCGUCGGGAGCUGGAUGCGUAUCUUGAGGCGGCGACCGAGCAAGCACGCGUCAUGAGCUCUGCCGUGGAUGCCCUGAGAGGCCAGAGCUCCGCGAUCCGCUAA